AUGUUUAGGUGUAAUAAAAUUGUAAAUAAAAUAUUUAAAAAUGAAAUAAUUCAAAAUAAUAAUUCAAAGAUCAUAAUUAGAAAUAUGACAAUUCUUUCAAAAAGACAAAUUUUUGAAAAAGCUCAAGAAUUGAGACCAACUACAAAAUCAAAUUCUGGAGAUGAUAAAAAAGAUUCAAUCAAUUAUAAAAGGGAACAACAAAGAGAAGAAGAUGAAAAAAUUGAAAUGUUAUUAGAAAAUAAAAGAUUAGAAUUUGAAAAAAUGAAAGAAUUAACACAACAAAACAAUAGUAAUAAUAUUGAUAUUAAUAACAACAAUAAUAAUAAAAAACCUCAAUUACAUUUACUUGGACUUGAUGGAUUUUUUAAUGGAAAUGAAGAGGAAGAUGAGGAAGCAGAUUCUAAAAUUAAUAUGUUAUUGGAAGCAUCAAACAGGGGUGAUAAAAAAGAGGUUCUAAGACUUGGUCAACAAUUUUUUUUUAAUGAAAGUUUAGAAGAUAUUAAAAAAGAAGAAGAAGAAGAACUAAAAGAAAAUCAGAGAGAUCCACUCAAACUAUUUAGUCCAGAUAAUUUAGCAUCUGAAUAUAUAACUCGUUUACUCAUUGAACAAUACCAAAAUAAGAAUCGUAGAGAAGAUAUAGCACAUGCAAUAAUUGUAAAAUUACCAGAAUGGCAAGACUAUAACAACGAAGUACUAAGAGAGGUAGAGAAAUUAGAGUUGGAAGAGGUUUCAUAUAAAGGCCCUGACAGUAAAAGAGUCACACAAUAUUGGAACGUUAAAAGGAUUAAACUGGUUGACUCUAUCAGAAGAAAGCACUCAAAACGUGUUGGAGAAGCCGUUGCAAAGGAAUUUAAAAGAAUCACUAGAGAUAUGCAAAAAGAAAUUGAUGAGGAUGAUAUUGAACUUCAAAAGGAAACAGGUUUAACUUUAGAUCAAUUGAAACAACACAAAGAUUAUGCUCACCUUUAUAGCGAAGAUGAAGAUGAUGAAGGUGAAUACUUUGAAGAAAAUGAAUAUGAUAAAUUAGUUAAAACUUUGGUAGGAAGUGAUGUUGAUAAUAUUCCAAAACAAGUUAGAGAAAUAUUUUACACAACUACAAAAUCAAUUGAAGCUAGUAAAGAAAAAGAUAGACUUCUUUUUGAAAAAGCUGAAAUUGAAACUAAGCAACAAGAAGAAGAAAAACAACAACAACCACAAUAUCAAUAUCAAUAUCAACAAAAACCACAACCACAAUCAAAUUCAAAUAUUAAAGAAAAGGUAAUGAGUUUUGGUGAUAUUAUAGCAAAAAAUCAACAACAACAACAACUAAAACAACAACAACAGCUAUUACAACAACAGCAGCAGCAACAACAGCAACAACAACAACAACAACAAGAACAUAUGGAUGCUGAUGAUUUCGAUUUAAAAUCAAUUUUGAAUAGUAUGAGUGAAAAAAAGUUAAAAUAA